GGAAGGAAGAGUGGGCGGGGAAAAGGGGAGGGCAAGAGAGUCGGAUCGGCGCCAUAUUGGAUGGCUCUCGCUGAGGGCAGCCUAUUGGUCACUUCCUGGUCUCCAUGCACAAAAAAAUUGUGUGAGACUAUUAUAAAACGCCUUGGCUCUUUCCCUCCACUAUCCUGCACCUGUCCAUCAUGGAUCAAGAUUAUGAAAGGCGCCUUCUCCGUCAGAUCAACAUCCAGAAUGAAAACAUGAUGCCUUCUGUUACAGAUAUGAGGAGGACCUUGACACCUUCUAAUUCACCCGUCUCCUCCCCUAGUAAACAUGGUGACAGAUUCAUUCCUUCCCGAGCCGGAGCAAAUUGGAGCAUCAGCUUUCAUAGAAUAAAUGAAAAUGAAAAGUCUCCAAGUCAAAAUAGAAAAGCAAAAGAUGCCACUUCAGACAAUGGCAAAGAUGGCCUUGCCUACUCCGCCUUGCUAAAAAAUGAACUCCUUGGAGCUGGGAUUGAGAAAGUCCAAGAUCCACAGACUGAGGACAGGAGGCUGCAGCCCUCCACGCCUGAGAAGAAGAGCCUUUUCACGUACUCCCUCACCACAAAACGUUCCAGUCCUGAUGAUGGCAACGAGGUCUCUCCAUACUCCCUCUCCCCUGUCAGCAACAAAAGUCAAAAAUUACUUCGAUCACCUCGAAAGCCCACAAGGAAGAUAUCCAAGAUUCCAUUCAAAGUUUUGGAUGCUCCAGAACUUCAAGAUGACUUCUACUUGAACCUAGUUGAUUGGUCAUCCCUCAACGUCCUCAGUGUUGGUCUUGGGACAUGUGUCUACCUUUGGAGUGCUUGCACUAGCCAGGUGACGCGGCUGUGUGAUCUCUCUGUGGAAGGAGAUUCUGUUACCUCUGUAGGAUGGUCAGAACGGGGCAAUUUGGUGGCAGUUGGGACCCACAAAGGUUUUGUACAGAUCUGGGAUGCUGCAGCAGGAAAGAAACUCUCAAUGUUGGAAGGUCACACGGCCAGAGUGGGUGAGCACCCAUGGAUACUCCCAGAACCAGAUCCUCGUUUGGAAGUACCCGUCCUUGACUCAGGUUGCAAAGCUAACUGGGCAUUCCUACAGAGUCCUUUACUUGGCAAUGUCACCAGAUGGAGAAGCCAUUGUGACAGGAGCCGGGGAUGAGACACUGAGGUUUUGGAAUGUUUUCAGCAAAACUCGCUCUACCAAGGAGUCUGUUUCAGUUCUUAACCUCUUCACCAGGAUACGGUAAAAAUCAACCCACGGACUGUAUUU